AUGGGGCAAUGCUGGACUAAGUUUUGCACACAAAGUGAUAAUGUAAAGAGUGCUACAGCAGAGCUCGGAGGUGAAAAUGUUCACCUUAUCACUACAAUGGAGAAGUGGGAAGAAAAGAAUUCCGAAGCAAGGAAGAAAGGCAAGAUAGUAGUGGUUAAUUUCAGUACAUCUUGGAGCAAUCCUUGUAGAGAGAUAGCACUAUCUUACUCUGAGCUUGCCGAUAAAUAUCCUUCAAUUCUAUUUCUAACAGUGGACGUUGAUAAAUUAGCAGAAUUGAGUACCAAAUGGGACAUCAAAGCCACUCCAUCCUUCUUUUUCCUGAGAGACGGACGACAACUGGACAAACUUGUGGGUUCCAACAAGGCAGAGCUCCAAAAGAAGAUAAUGGCCAUUGCCGUGUCAAAUUGA